GAAGAUCUGGCACCGGUCGUUAAAUGAAUUUAAUGAAAAUUUUGAGAAACUUGUAAAUUAUUGAAGGAAUUUUUAAGGGGGACACUGUAAUCCCUUUCGAUCUCCAUUUACUGUAAACGAGCGUAACGAGGGACUUGGUGAUCGCUAAAUUACAAGGAACCAGGUAAAUGAAAAUUGUACACGAUUGCCGAAGCUCCGCCUUAAUUUUAUCUGGCCGAAGCAGGGAUGUACGAAGAGGAGGUGCGCAUAAAACUGACCGGCGCUUUGGCAGGUGCUACCAGUCUCAGCUCCAACGUGGAACAAACUUGUUACGUGUUUCCCUCCGCGAUCGAGCCGCGUUCAAAUAAUUACCUUCUUCGAUAUAUAAUCCAGUUAUUCGAUCGAAUAACAAACGUCAAAAGUUCCUCCAUCCGGUAAUAGAGAAAAUCGAAAGGAGAAGUGAGUGAAAUUAUUUGAAUCCAUCGAAAACGCGCUCUUCUUAAAAAAGUGUGUCAUUCGUCAGAGAACGCAAAGAACAAAAGGUAUUUCAUCUAAGAUAUUUUGUUGCUCAUCGAAUGACGUUUAUUUUAUCCUCGAUAAAAGGACGCUGAAAAUAAUGUCACAAUCACGUACAUGCUGUCGCCGAGAACGUGCUUAAUCAAACACGACAUUCAUUGCACGAAUUAGCUACGAGAAUACCUGUAUUUCAGCCGGCAAUUAUCAUGAACAUCGAUGAGUUUCAAGUACGCGGCAAGGAGAUGAUCGAGUACAUUUGCGAGUACCUUCGUACCUUGGAAGGAAAAAGGGUUACCGCGAACGUGGAUCCAGGGUAUCUUCGGCCACUUCUCCCUAAGGAAGCUCCGGCUAAAGGGGAGUCAUGGGAUGCGAUUAUGAGGGACGUCGACUGCAAAAUAAUGCCCGGGAUCACCCACUGGCAGCAUCCACGGUUUCACGCGUAUUUCCCGGCAGGGAACUCGUUUCCCUCGAUCCUGGGGGACAUGCUGUCCGACGCAAUCGGCUGCAUAGGGUUCUCUUGGGCGGCCAGCCCGGCCUGCACGGAACUGGAAACAAUCGUUCUCGACUGGUACGCGAAAGCGUUGGACCUUCCAGCGGAGUUCCUGGCCGAGCAUAAAAGCUCGAAGGGCGGUGGAGUGAUACAAGGGUCCGCCUCCGAGUGUAUUCUGGUCACGAUGCUGGCGGCGCGUACCCAAGCGAUCAGAACGCUGAAGGAACAAGACCCGAACACCGAGGACUCGGCCUUUCUGCCACGAUUGGUAGCCUAUUGUUCGACGGAAGCUCAUUCCUGUGCAGAAAAGGCAGCGAUGAUCUGUCUGGUGAAGCUUCGGGUUCUAGAGCCGGACGAGAAGGGUUCCCUACGAGGUAAGCGUCUUGAAUCCGCGAUCAGAAAGGACGUGGCCAACGGGUUGGUACCGUUCUUCGUUACGACCACCCUCGGCACAACAGGAUCGUGCGCAUUCGACAAUCUCGUUGAAAUCGGACCGGUGUGCAAGCUUUACCCCAAUAUAUGGCUACACGUGGAUGGAGCUUACGCUGGAAGCGCCUUUAUCUGUCCGGAAAUGAGACCGUUUAUGGCUGGCAUCGAGCACGCGGACUCGUUCAACACAAACCCCAACAAGUGGCUGCUGGUCAACUUCGAUUGUUCCUGCAUGUGGGUGCGGGACCGAGUCAAGCUAACGUCAGCUUUGGUCGUUGAUCCGUUGUAUCUGCAACACGCCAGGUCUGGAGAGUCCAUCGAUUACCGUCAUUGGGGAAUCCCGUUGAGCAGAAGAUUCAGGGCACUGAAGCUUUGGUUCGUCUUAAGAUCAUACGGAAUCACUGGAUUGCAGAAGUACAUAAGAAACCAUAUCAGACUGGCCAGACGUUUCGAGACACUGAUGAGAAGGGAUAAGAGGUUCGAGAUCACCAACGAUGUCAGGGCAGGUCUGGUCUGUUUCAGACUGAAGGAGAGCGACGAGAUAAAUCAAGAAUUGCUUGCGAAUAUCAAUGCUUCCGGUAGACUUCACAUGAUACCUGCCAGGGUGAUGGGCAAGUACAUCCUCAGAUUCUGUGUGGUCAAAGAAAAUGCCACUGACGAUGACAUCGAUUACGCGGUGGACGUGAUCGAGGAACACGCUACGGAGGUGAUGCUGGCUCAUUACGAGGGCACCGAGGACGAGUUCAGGGCGAAGGGACCGAAGAGUCCUGCUGCUUUGGACAAGAAGUUGGUGCGGAAAUUCAGCUUCACCAGGAGCGUGACCAGGGACGUUUACAAAAGAUCCAUCUCAAAGUCGAGCCUUCACGAUGGCGCUACGCCCAUCAUGGUGGUGGAUGAUAACUCUCAGGUCGACACCAUUGAAGAAGACGUUUUCUGCAACAGCAGGUCGUGACGAUCCCGUUGAUGAUACCCGGAUGAUUCGUGAUUUAUGCAAUCGGCCGUUGUUCUUGUGUUUGGAAUGUCGCAGCCACGCGAAUAUAAGUGACGGUUUUUAUAGGGAAUAUUUUAUUUAAAUACAGAUUGAGAACUUUGUUGAACGUUUUUGAUGUAGGACAUUACUUUGCGGCAAAGCAGACAGAAGUCUUGAAGAUGUUCGACGAUGAACUUCUUCGGGAAGUUGGCAAAUCGUUUGGGAGUUUGCCUUUACACGCACGAUUGUUAUGCAACGUAAGUUCAACAUGGAAUUUAUUUUCUUAUUUAUUCCGCAAUCAAUCAAAGCAAGAGAUUAUAACGUGCUGACGAAUACGAUCGUUCCGUUUAUGUUAGAAAUUGUAUGAAAUUUUAUAUACAUACACUAUAAUCGGAGAAACAACACAGUGAAUGCAUAAGAUUCAUUGAUUUUCAGAGAUGCUUCUUACUGUAAUUUCGUAUCGGAUUUUGGGAUUACGAAGAAACUAAUUAUACGUAGAGUAAAUGUAUAAACAAUUUAUCGAUCCGUGUAACAAUUCAGAGAAUAUUAAAAAUGAAUAUGUAGCUACACAAAAAUAAGACUUCACUAUUAAGUACAUCGAUUACAUCUUAGGAUAUUGAAUUAUUUAAUUGAACGAACUGUGUACGAAUAAAUGAUACGUUUUCGAUUAGAGUACCGCAAGUAGAUACGAAGUAAAAGACCUAAAAUUCAUGGGUGGAAUUCUUUUUUUUUCCUCGAUCGAUACCAAUCGUAGAAAUAUAUCACACGUAUUUAUUUACCAUGAAUGUUUCAUUUCCGAGAAGAUAGAUACAAAACCCGUUUGAAUUUCUAUCCAACACGAUACAAUAUAAAUUGUACAGUAAAUAUUUAUUUCAUAUGUAAAUUUAACGUAAUAAAAUUGAAGUUCGUGAAGCGAUAAUUACUUUCAUUUUCAUUUCAAGCUAUCAACUAACUAAUUAAACAGAAAUUAAAUAGUAACAGGCAGGUCCCGAUAGGCAAUUUCUAAUAAUGAGAAAUUAUAAAAUGCCCAGGGGCAAUGUAGGAUAUAAUAGACAGCCUUAGGGUAAAGAAGUAAU